AUGUCGCAAGCCCUUGUCCCGAGAGACGGGAAUGAUUUCAAAGCUGCCUUGGACACCCUGUCCUUGAACUUUUCUCUGGCGCCGGAGAUUCAAGCUCGGUUGUUGAGUGACGGGUUGUCCCACUUGGAGGAGCUUCGCUUCUUCUUCGACAACGAGGAGCAUGUGGGCCGGUGGGUCGCCAAGCUUAGCCUGGGUGAUAAGACCAUGCUGGAGACCUCUCGCCUCAGGCGUGCGUGGGCAGCCGUCCGGCUCUACUUCUCUACGUCAGAGCAAGAUCGGUCUAGGGUGGCUCUUACGGACCUGGAUACCCUCCUCGAGGACUCCGAACUGCGCGAUGUGAAGCUCGCGUUUUGGAAGCGCUAUCGUAUGCGGUUCCCCGCCGAGGUGCAUCCGGCAGACUCUCUCCUCUCUCGGGACUCUCGGGUCUCCCGGGAGAUCAACAAACGCAUGCUUUGCGUGUACGCCAUCUGGAAGGUACGAUCGCUCUAUUUUCAGCUUACAACGGUGCAGCGUAAGCGGAAGUUGGGCGAUAACCUGUUUACUGAGGAGCCCGACACUGAGGAGGCAGUCACCAAAGAUGCCGAUACAUACCUUGAUAAGCUGUACACGCUGCUUUUGGCCUACUCGAUGGCAAUGGUGUUCCCACUGCCGGGUGUCGAUAUGAGCAAGGAAGCGGCUUUGAGCGCUUCUUCUGCCGAGUUCGUCGGUGUCCCCCUGGAUGACGUGGAGGAGCGCAGCGAGUGGGUCACGAGGUUCCGAGAGGGCAACUCUUCCCUCGGGCUUAUUAUUAAGCAGGUCAUGGAAGCUCGUGACGCGCGCUGGGUGGUUACAAGUGCUGCUCUUUCAGUCGGCCCGGGAGAGACCCAGGUCGCGGCAGGUACAGCCAUCCCGCCUCCGCCGGUGCCACAGGUUUCCCACUUUCGGGAGGGACCCAAAGUGGGUGGUAAGCGAGUGGCGGCGGUGCUCAAAGAUGGAACCAAGCUUUGCCCCGAUUUUCAGUCAGGCAAGUGCAAAGGUCUCAAGAUCGACGACCAGAGACGGGUUUCCAAGGACAACUGCGCUUGCCAGUUCGUGCUGGAGGAGCAGCAGCGCAUCCUAGAGCGCGGUGGCGGCGCCAUUCGGGAGAAUCCCAACAACAGCUUACAUUGGUGCAUCCCCCAGGAGGCAGAGAUGUGGGCAUCUGACCAGUGGUGGGACACUCGGUACGAUGCUUGCUGUUUUAUGGGAGCACGGCGGAAGAGGCAGCGCCUCCGGCACAACAUCUGGGAGCUGACCCAGGGCCCUUCCUUGCUGUGCCACCAUACGCACCACCCACAGGAGUGGCAGCCCUGGGAGGCGAAUGGGCGCGUAGUCUAUCCUUCCAAGGAUGAGGCGGAGUACACCGCCCCGCUCGCAUUUCACAUUGCCUGUGUCGGCCGGCGUGAGCAUUGGCUGGAGAUUGACUCCCGGGCCUUGCGGGAAUGGGCUAUGUCGUGCUUGGCUAUUACCCUCGGCCUUCGUCCUAUCGACCCGGGUGAGGCAGCCCGUGUCCCCGUGCGAGUGGAAGUAGCCUCGGUGCUCCGGGAGGACAAGUCCUUACCCCCCGAUGUGAUCUAUGUGGGGCGAGGCCAUCGUUCCCACAGACUGCCGGUGACACAGUGGGCUUCACCGUUCGUCUCGGGCCACAACUGCGACGCCGAUGAGUGGCUGGCCCUGUAUACGGAUCUGGUGCAGCUCGAAGGGCGUACCCUGGCCUGCGAUUGUGCGCUCAAUCAGGUUUGUGAAGGCGAUCUCCUGGCAGGCCUCGUGUUCGAUGCCGGGCGCCCUCAGGGCAUACCCCAUCAGGGUGCAGCAGGUCGGCCGCGCCGAGCUGCACAGAAGCGAAGUCGCCGCGUCUUGCUGGCGGCGGCUGCCUCAGCCCUUCCUACCCCAGUGGGGGCGAUGAUUCCAUAUCUGCAUCAAGAUUCAGUGGUGGCCACUUUUCAGUCAUUCUUUCCUGGUGUGGAGUGGGGCGACUUCCGCUUCCCCAUGGUCCAGGAUCUGGUCAAUGCACCCCCGUUUACUGAUUACGUGCAAUGGUGCCGCGAUCGGCAUGAGGAGUGGGAUGGACCACUCUUGCCGCAGCUGGUGAGUGCUCAGCAGCGCCAGUGGCAGCGCACUGCCGAGGGCCAGCAGGUCGGUGCCGUGGCCCACCGUGCCGCAUUGCCUCCCGCCCUUCCUUUCGGCCUCCAACCCGACGUGCAUUUCGAUCUCGCCCUUGAGCUUGCCAGGUACCCCACUCCGUUCGAGCAGCCUCCCGCCCUCGAUCUGGAUCUUUGCUAUGCGGCCGAGGUGACGGCCAGCAAGCGGGGGAGUCUUCGCGAGUGGCGCAGGGCUUCUCUCGGGGCUAUCCGAGAGCUCAAGAGGCGCUGGGCUGGCGUGGAUUCUCGACUCCGGGCGAGCCAGCAGGCCCCUCUCCGGCGAGUGACGCGGAAGAGGGAUAUUGGACUGCUGGCGCUGCUGUGCCUUUUGGUGUCGUGGGGUGACCCGACGCUUCCGCAUGAUUUUCUUUUCGGGAUGGCGGCAGUCGGCACAGCCCCGGUCUAUGGGGUGUUCCCCCUUCAGUCAGCGCGUGACAUCUCUCAUGCAGAGGUGCUGGCUGAUGCCUCGGCGUCGAACGCUCGGGUGCGCGCGAGUUUGCGUCCGGGGCGGGACGAUGCGUUCCUGUUGGAGCAGAGCCUUCGUGAUGCCGAGAGCGGGUUUUGCUCCGAGCCACUCCGUUACCCACAGCUCCUUCGAGCAGUUGGUGGUCUUCCCUUUCGCCUGAUCCCACGCUGCGUCAUCACACAAAGCAGCGGCAAGCAGCGUAUAAUCGACAACGCCGACACAGGCGGCCAAUCGGAGCUGAGCUCGGACCCAAAUAAGCUUGUCUUGUGUUCCCCAUUGCGGCCGGCGCAGCAUGCGGCGGCUUUGCUUGCUUGCCUUGAUGAGUCGUCUCGCCAGCGGGCUGCUGCCGAAGAUGCUCUUGAAGGUGGGGGCGAGGACUGGCCCGAGGCCUACCGCCACUACCCCAUGGAUGGCGCCUCAUCCAGGUGCUGUGUUGUGGUGUGGUGGCACACAGACUGGGGUGAGCCAGCCUAUCAGCUCUACACUGGCUUGCUGUUUGGCCUCCCUUUGGCGGUUACGAGCUUCAACAGAUACAGUAGGGCGGCUGAGGCCUUGGGCCGGCGCCUUCUUGCCAUUCUUGUCUCCAUGUAUUUCGAUGACGCUCACCUUACAGACUGGGCUUCAUCCAAGGGCUCCGCGCAGUCUAGCUUCGGGGGUUUGAACGCCUGUCUGGGCUCGCCUUUCGCCCCCGCCAAGCGCCAGCCGAUGGCCUUGACAGGCACGUUCCUGGGCCUCAACUUUGAUUUCGAGGGCUGUCUCCAUUCUGGUGUCGUGCGUUUCUUCGUUCGUGAUCGGCUGGUGUCCAAGGUGCAUGACAUGUUGGAUCAGGCUGUCUCUUCAAACUCCCUUUCCCCAGGCCUCGCAGCUAAGCUCUAUGGGACCUGUAACUUCCUUGAGCAAGGGAUGUAUGGGCGAGUUGGCGCCGGUGGGCUUCGCGCGAUUCGCGAACGCUCGGAUGAAGGUGGCCGGGAGCUGACCCCGCCAAUCCUUGCUUGUUUCUCUCUCAUACGAGCGGUUCUGGCGGUGCGGCCAGAGCGGGAGUUCGAGGUAUUGCGUCGACCCGUCGCCCGUUUCUGUGCUGCGAGUGACGCAGCGGAGGACAUCCCCGGGGCGGGAUCCGGUGGUUUCCACCUAGUCUGGCUUGAUUCCACGGAAGUCCGAGAGAGCUUCAUAGCCCACAUAGGUCCAGAGGUAUAUGCUCAGUUCACUCCAGGGGAGCAUAAAAUUGCCCAACUCGAGUUGGCGAUGGUGUUGUAUGCCCUUGCUGUUCGGGCCCCCUCUUUUCGUGGGCGGCGUGGCUACUGGUAUAUUGACAAUGUGGCCGCCCUGAUGUCCCUCAUCAGAGGCCGAUCGAGUUCUCCCGACCUCGAAUGCCUGGCGCAGCUGAUUCACAUUGCGAUGUUUGCACUGCGCACUUCUUUCUUCUUUGAGUACAUUCCGUCGAAGACGAACUGGGCUGACGCAGUCAGCCGCAUCGGCUUCGCCGAAUUAUGGCUCCACCAGCGUGGCUUUUCCUGUCACGUUGCUUCUUUUCCCUUUCAGCUCGUGGGUCUCCCUUUCCUCGCCGUGCUGCGGGUGUUCGAGUUUCUGUGA